AUGACUGGACGACCUACGGGUGGUCCUCCAGGAGGACCCUCGAAUAACGACCUACUACUAGACUUGGACAGCGAGCAACCGACCUACAAUGCCGGACAGCGAUCGAAUAUGAACGACGACGACCUUUUACGCUCCUACAACCACGAUCAAGACCAGGCCCAGGGCCGACCCUCCGUUUCGUACGAUGACUUUGUAGGCGGCGGCGGUGGAGGAGGGGGAGGGAAUCACACACAGCAACCCUCAGCAUUGAGACCGUUACCUGGAGGCCCUCAAUCGCCUGGUGUCUCUGGCGGCGCAUCUUCCGGCCCAUACAUGCAGAGACACUACAGUCAAACAUCAGAACUAAACAAUUACCAGCGAUACGCCGACGACUUUGACGACUACUCGGCCGAAGGCGAAUCGUACUACCAACAAGGCGGCGCCGCGACGAGUACGAACAAUGUCGGUGACCCCUCCGCGAGGUCCAAUGCUCGGAACCGUAACAGCGUCCUGAGUUUGGGUGGAGGCUUCUUUGGCCGCAUGAAAAAUAAGCUUGGGAUGGGCCAAGGUUACUCGGAGAUGGACUUGCCCUUGACGGAGGCUGGCGGCAACGGACGGACAGACUCUGGCAUCGAUGCGCAAGCCAAGGGGGGCAAGAAGUUCGACAUGGGUAACUUCAAGUUUGGAUUCGGAGGAAAGAAGCCGGACCCUUCGACACUGGGUCCCAGAUUGAUCCAUCUCAACAACCCGCCCGCAAACGCAGCGAACAAGUACGUCGACAACCACAUCUCGACGGCCAAGUACAAUGUCGCAACCUUCCUCCCGAAAUUCCUCUUCGAACAGUUUUCAAAGUUUGCCAACAUCUUCUUCUUGUUCACGGCUGCGCUGCAGCAAAUCCCCAACCUCUCGCCUACUAACAGAUACACUACCAUCAUUCCGCUCUUCAUCGUCAUGAUGGUGUCGGCAGGCAAGGAACUGGUGGAGGACUACCGAAGAAAACAAGCCGAUCACCAGUUGAACACGUCCAAGGCCCGCAUCCUACGCGGAACCGCCUUCCAGGAGUCCAAGUGGAUCAAUGUUGCGGUCGGAGACAUUAUCCGCGUCGAAUCUGAAGAGCCCUUCCCUGCCGAUCUGGUCCUCCUUGCAAGUUCCGAGCCCGAGGGACUUUGCUACAUCGAAACAGCCAACCUCGACGGAGAAACAAACUUGAAGAUCAAGCAGGCGUUACCUGAGACGUGUACGAUGGUCAGCUCCAGCGAUCUGAGCCGACUCGGAGGAAGAAUCAAGUCCGAACAGCCCAACAGCAGUCUGUACACAUAUGAGGCCACCCUGACAAUGCAGGCUGGUGGUGGUGAAAAAGAGCUGCCCCUCAACCCCGAGCAGCUUCUGCUUCGAGGUGCCACUCUUCGUAAUACGCCCUGGAUCCAUGGUGUGGUUGUCUUCACUGGGCACGAGACAAAGCUCAUGCGUAACGCCACUGCUGCACCCAUCAAACGCACAAAGGUCGAGAAGAAGCUGAACAUUCUUGUUCUCGUGCUGGUCGGUAUCCUCCUUGUGCUUAGCGUCAUUUGCACAGUAGGCGAUCUUGUUCAGCGCAAGGUUGAGGGCCAAGCUCUCCAGUACCUGAUGCUUGACUCUACCGGAUCAGCAAACGACAUCAUCAAGACCUUCUUCAAGGACAUGGUCACAUACUGGGUUUUGUUCUCCUCCCUUGUGCCCAUCUCCCUGUUCGUCACGCUGGAAAUGGUCAAGUACUGGCACGGAAUCCUCAUCAACGAUGAUCUCGACAUCUACUAUGACAGAACGGACACGCCGGCAAACUGCAGAACAUCGAGUCUGGUCGAAGAACUGGGCAUGGUUGAAUAUGUCUUCUCCGACAAGACGGGCACCUUGACUUGCAAUAUGAUGGAAUUUAAGCAGGCUUCGAUUGGCGGUAUUCAAUAUGCCGAAGAUGUUCCUGAGGACCUCAGGGCGACAAUUCAGGAUGGUGUUGAGGUCGGAAUCCACGAUUAUAAGAGAUUGGCGGAGAACCUUAAGAGCCACGAAACGGCUCCCGUGAUUGAUCAUUUUCUGGCGUUACUGGCUACCUGUCACACAGUCAUUCCCGAGAGGAGCGAGGAAAAGGGCGGCAAAAUCAAGUAUCAAGCCGCCUCACCCGAUGAGGGUGCGCUUGUCGAGGGCGCGGCUGAGCUCGGCUACGUCUUCACCGAUCGCAAGCCGAGGUCUGUCUUCAUCGAAGCUGGAGGACGUGAGCUCGAGUAUGAGCUCUUGGCCGUUUGCGAGUUCAACUCUACCCGAAAGCGCAUGUCGACUAUUUAUCGAUGCCCCGACGGAAAGGUCCGCGUAUACUGCAAAGGUGCCGAUACUGUUAUUCUCGAGCGCCUGAACGAUCAGAACCCCCACGUCGAAGCCACCCUGCGUCACCUGGAAGAGUACGCUUCUGAAGGUCUCCGAACGCUUUGCCUUGCCAUGCGUGAAGUUCCCGAGCAGGAGUUCCAGGAAUGGUUCCAGGUCUUUGAAAAGGCCGGCAUGACCGUUGGCGGCAACCGUGCCGACGAGCUGGACAAGGCAGCAGAACUCAUUGAGCACGACUUUUACCUCCUUGGAGCGACUGCUAUUGAAGAUCGCCUUCAGGAUGGUGUUCCCGAGACCAUUCAUACACUUCAGCAGGCCGGCAUCAAAGUGUGGGUUCUGACGGGCGAUCGUCAGGAGACUGCUAUCAACAUUGGAAUGAGUUGCAAGCUGCUUAGCGAGGAUAUGAUGCUCUUGAUUGUGAACGAGGAAAGCGCCGAAGCAACUCGCGACAACAUACAAAAGAAGCUCGAAGCUAUUCGCACUCAAGGAGAUGGGACGAUUGAAACGGAAACUCUCGCACUCGUCAUCGAUGGUAAGUCUUUGACUUACGCCUUGGAGAAGGACCUCGAGAAGCAAUUCCUUGACCUCGCCAUCAUGUGCAAGGCCGUCAUUUGCUGCCGUGUCUCUCCCCUUCAAAAGGCUCUUGUGGUCAAGUUGGUCAAGAAGUAUCAAAAGGAGGCCAUCUCGCUGGCCAUUGGUGACGGUGCCAACGAUGUGUCCAUGAUUCAAGCUGCCCAUAUCGGUGUGGGCAUUAGCGGUAUGGAAGGUCUACAGGCCGCCCGAAGCGCCGACGUAUCCAUCGGCCAGUUCCGGUAUCUCAGAAAGCUACUACUCGUUCACGGUGCUUGGAGCUACCAGCGUGUUGCCAAGACCAUUCUGUUCUCUUUCUACAAGAACAUCACCUUGUACAUGACGCAGUUUUGGUACACUUUCCAAAAUGUCUUCUCUGGAGCCGUCAUUUACGAGUCUUGGACGCUUUCGUUCUACAACGUCUUUUACACCGUCCUUCCUCCUCUCGCUCUGGGUAUCCUUGACCAAUUCAUUUCCGCCAGACUCCUCGACCGCUACCCGCAAUUGUACAACAUGGGUCAGCAAAAUCAGUUUUUCAAGAUCAAGGUCUUUGCCGAGUGGGUUGCCAACGCUGUGUAUCACUCCAUCAUCCUCUACGUCUUUGGCCAACUCAUCUGGUAUGGUGAACUCAUCCAAGGCGAUGGACAAAUAGCCGGUCACUGGGUCUGGGGCACGGCCAUGUACGCUGCGGUCCUGCUCACCGUUCUCGGCAAGGCGGCUCUGAUCACGAACAACUGGACCAAGUACCACGUCAUGGCCAUUCCUGGCAGUAUGCUCUUCUGGUGGGGCUUCAUCGCUCUGUACGGCACCGUCGCCCCCAUGAUCCCCUUCUCCGCCGAGUACCACGGUGUCAUUCCCAAGCUGUACAGCAGCCCCGUCUUCUGGUUGCAGACUUUUGCGCUCGCGAUUAUGUGUCUUAUGCGCGAUUUUGCCUGGAAGUUUGCCAAGCGCAUGUACAUGCCGCAGACAUACCAUCACAUUCAGGAGAUUCAGAAGUACAACAUCCAAGAUUAUAGACCAAGAAUGGAGCAAUUCCAAAAGGCAAUUCGCAAGGUGCGACAAGUGCAGCGCAUGCGUAAGCAGCGCGGUUACGCAUUCUCCCAAGCAGAUGAGAGUCAAUCGAGAGUGCUUCAGGCAUACGACACGACGCAGCACCGUGGACGGCACGACUGUAUCCCCGACCUCGAAGUUGGCGGUGCGAUGGCCCAAACGCUGCAUGCAACUGCACCACCACCCAAAUCUCCCGUACCCGUCUCGCGAGACACCGCCCUUCGUCUUUCGAUAAACACCACUCUGCCCCCCAUCUUCCGGAACGAUGACCGACUAGUCAAUGCCAGAGAAAGCGUCACUUUAUUCCUCGAGACCGACCUGCAAACCCCGAGGUUGGAGAAGAUGUACCCAUACCUGUGGCUCGCGGGGCUUCUCCGAGCGGCGCGUCCACUUCAUCGCCAAAAGGUAGUCGGGCGGAACAUUUGCGUGACCGAGAACCCCGAGGAGCAUAUGACGUGGCACGAGACGACCAUCUUUAUCAAGCCCUUACCUGACUACUUUUUCGAUCACUCCUUGUGGCGAGAGACAAUCUGUGGAGAUGAGGCGCUAUAUAAGAGUGCUUGCGGGUUGCUGCUCUCAUACGUAUGGCUCGUCAGCUACCGCAGCGAUCUGCGAAUCGCACACGAGAUGGGUUUACUGCCUUCUUGCAUAACAUGGGAAGAUUGGAAAAACAUGGUGCUCGAAUUCUCCAACAAAAACGACUUCCAAACGCGGAGCUGGGUGAGCCGUCGUUACGAAUAUGGCGAACUCCGCCUGUCCCGCCUCAACACGCUCUCCCGCUUGGGCGCAGCUGGGUUCUCGGCGAGGAACUUUGUGUACGGCUAUAUUUCGGGUUCGAAGCAGUACACCACGUUUUUCGAGCGCAACUUUGGCUGGCUCUUGGUGGUUUUCAUCUACAUCACGGUCAUUCUGUCGGCCUUGCAAGUGGCCCUGGCAACUGAGAGGCUGGGGUCGGAUGGGAAGUUUCAAGCAUUUUCAUACGGUGUUGCUCUCAUGUCACUCGGAUUCGUUGCAGCGGCGAUUGCAAUUGUGUUGAUUAAACGGAGCAGUUCUUCUCGAAAGAUGGAGCCAGUGAGCUUGCCGCUGUCUUACUUUCUGGCUACACUGGCCAUCUUCGCUUUUCUACACUUUUACAAGAGACCACGCGGAAACGUACCGGUGCCGUCAUUCAAUCCCAACAAGACAUUUCGCAUCCGCGGGGUGCCUCUUACAUGGAGCGGCAAUGAUCUAGAGUUGCACCUAAGUGAGCUCGAUCAUCUGAGCAAACCAGUUGUCAAGUCUAUCGCUCGCGAGAUUCACGGCCGCUCCAACACUGCCACAGUCACUUUCAAAAUCCCACCAUCUCAGUUCCAAGCACACAAGUUGAGUCGUCCACCGUGGCACAUCCAGCUACCUGACGUGUCCGUUGAAGGACGCCGUAGCCUCCAAAGUCAAUCUAUGAUGAUCGACAACGAUUUCGAGGGAAUGACUACUCUGCACAUGCCGUCAUCAAAGGGUCACAAGAUUGAUGUUGUCGCGAUUCCUGGGCUUGGCGGACACGCCUUCGGUUCGUUCAAGGAAAGGGGCGGAAGCCACAUGUGGCUACGAGACUCUCUUCCAUUUCACCUGAGAGAAGCCAAGGACAAGACUCAGAUUGCUCGAGUUAUAACUUGGGGUUACAAUUCUACUCUUGCAGACAGUAAAAGUAUCCAAAAGAUAGAAGACCUGGCAAAGAAGCUCCGCAACAGCCUGCUCCCGUUAGCUGGCCCUCCAACUAGACCGAUAAUUCUAAUUGCCCAUAGCAUGGGUGGGCUCAUCGCGAAGCAGAUCGUUCGGGCGGUAUAUGGUAUCGCCUUCUUUGGAGUUCCUCACCUUGGUAUGAAGAUUGAAUCGCUCAUCCCCAUCGUUGGAUACGGGCCAAACCUUCCCCUUCUUCAGUCGCUAGAUCGCCUUGGUUCGCAGAUCAUAAGUGUUGGCGAGAAGGAAUUUCCUGCAGCCCUGGGCGGAGAAGGCGACUCUGAGAUCGUGUACUUCUACGAGACACACGUGUCGCCAACGGCACAGAAGGACGAAGUCGGAAACUGGAAGAUGACUGGAAGACCCAAGCUUCUUGUUGACCAAGAAUCGGCAACUCAUCGCCGCCGCUGGGAAGGAGGCCCCCAGCACACGUGUCCCAUUGCCCGUGCUCAUUCUAACAUGGUGAAAUUCGGGCCCCAUGAUGACGAGUACGAUAACGUUAUUGAAAGGCUCAAAAUCCUUGCUAGGAACUCACUGGUGGCUCGAGAUGAGACGCUCGAAAUUGAAAGGGAGCGUGAAAAACAAUGGAAUAAGCACAAUGGUGCUCCAAGACCCCACGCCAUUCCCUCCAAGAGUUUCUCGAGCCUACACGAGAAAGAUCUCGAUCAAGACUUUCCAGGGCGCCUACUCUGGUACAGGGAACCCGUGGGGGACAAUGGCUAUCCUCUUGGAACAACCAUUGAGCCACACAUUGAGAGCCAGAACAGUGUUAAACCGAUUGGAGAAACUAUUCUGACGUGUCGCCGCAUCGUGAACUUGCAGAUUCGUGGGCACAUCAAGUGGAUAGACCCUGGCCGGUACCGCUCUCGGAUGGUUACAAAGAGCAAGUCAUUGGACCAGGGCUUUGGAAUACUUUCAGGAACACUGGCUGGUGCGAGGUGCCCGGGCCAGAAGUGGAAGUCGGCAGCGAUGGUGAGGCGUUCCUGA